GGUAAACAAUAUGGCGGAUUCGAAGUUGUUAUGUUAUCAUCUCAAGUCUAGUAUUAUUUAGUUCAAAAGAAAAAGACAACGAAAAAGUUAUGGAUACCACGUUAGCACUAAGAGCCUCUACCGCGAGGGAGGGCAUGUCUCUGGUGAAUAAAUAUGAAGCACUGCUUAUAGAGCAAGGCAGUCCAAAACCAUCACAAGACAGGGCAUUACUGGUGUUUCAGGCUCUGGAUGACUUACUGCCACAUUUAGGUGUAUUUACCAAAGUAAUGAAACUGAUCAGGGAUGAUUUAUAUGAUGCUGUGUACAGUAACAAUUUUACAAGCAGUAAAGAUGCAGAGUCUUCCUUCAUCCAGAGAGUGCCACAUUUUAGCCUGGUUCAACAGGUUUAUAAAGAGAGACAUGAAGCUGCUGAUGAACUGCGAGAACAACUGGAAGUAGUAAAAGAAAAGUUGUUUAACAAGCAUAAAUUGUAUGAAGGUGCUCAAGACAACAUAUCAGAACUUAAAAAUGAGAUUGAGGAACUGAAACAAACAGUAGCAAACCUGGAGGAUGAAGUGGAAGACAAGAAUGCAGACAUUAAAAGAUUAGAAACAACUAUGGGUGAUGAGAAGGAAAAGGCAAACAUGGAGAAGCAUGGCUUGAACUGUGAUAUAGCAGAUCUGAAGGAAGAUUUGCGAGAAGCUAAGGAGCAGAUUGCCUUUUUGAGCAAAUACAAGGAGGGAUAUGAUAAUUUAGAAAAGGCAUUUACAUUCAAUCCUAGUGUGGAAGAUUCUGAAACAUCUAAGAAACCAGUGAUAGCAACAAGAAGGGCUCACCUCAUCAACAACAUAGAUGCUGCCAGCAAGCUAGAAGAACAACUGCUUACAGUGGAAAAUGCCAUUAUAGAUGAAUUUGACAAGUUUUUAGAGGAACACAAACAAGAACUGGUUGGGCUGCAGUUAACAGACAAUACCAAUGACAAGAUGUACUAUAGACAAGAACAUGAGGUAGAGAGAGUGGAUCAAGAUCUGUGGGUGAUGCAAGAAAGGUUCAAGAAGUCAGUGGAUGAUCUGAAUACAGAACUAGAACUGAUAAGGCAGCAUAAGAAGAUGCUUUUAGAACAAUUGCAACUUCUAGAGGAGAGCAUUAAACCCGAGGAAGAGGGAGAUGACAUGGAGGAAGAAGCAAACAAACCAGAGACCACAAAGCAAAAGGAAUCCAGACCUGGAACUGGACAAGAAUCUGUCCUAUCUGCUGGUUUAGUUGAUGAAGAGAAGGAUGACGGAGCUGACCCCUUCAUCCCACAUGAGCGGAUUUUUAGCAAAUAUGCGGCCAUGAUGUAUUCUUCCUCAAACAAGGGCAAGAACUGGCACGAAUUCCAAGCUGCAAAGUUCUGUCCUAGCUGUGGUGAAAAGACCAUAUUCUGUCCACACAAGAUACCCACAGAUGAAGUAGUCCUGAAACUUCCACAUAACUGCACUCACAUCAAGAUCACAAGACCAAAAGUCAGGAUUAAUCAGGAAUUAAUAGAAGAAAUCCUCAACCGCCAAGAAGAUUUUAUAGGAACUCCUGCAAGUAUAGGUGCCUCCCAGUCACCAGCAGAUAGCAGGGAAGGUAGUGCCAGUCCCAAGAUGACCAGGUUUAGAGCCAUGGCUUCUAUGAUGGGAAAGAUAGAGGCUGGGAGGAGAAACGAACUGCUGGCUUCCCUGUCCACUACAAGAACUCCCACCCCCGGAUCUGAGGCACACAUGCCAAAAUCUGCAGGAACGGGAACUGAACCAUUUAUGACUAAUACUAUCUCCAAAUUAUGGGAUGAUUAUAAGGACAGAACGCAAAUAGAGCGCAUCAUUCCUUUGCCAAUGGCUUUAGACCGUGCUGUGUCUCUUAUUCAGCAGUUCUAUUCAUUUGUUCUGUGGCAAGAUGAGGCUGGGUCUGAGGAAGAAGGAUACUUCUCUAUACUGGACAAUUUAUACUACUUCAUGUCAGAGAGGUACAUGAAAGAAGACAUUACAUACUUAACAACCCAUGAUUUACUGUCUGCCAUAGUAGAUAACCUGAACAGUGACAAGACCAUUCAAAUAUUUGGCCACACAUUGAUUGGUAACCUAGAUGCCUCCUGCAUCCGCUAUGUUCUACUGAUAGCAGAUUUUGUCAGCUUGGUGGAUUGGGAAGAGGUGGAAGAUUUCAGGGCAUUUGCAUCCAUUGUGUUUCCUUUCUUACAGGAAGACGACCUGGAGACUCUCCACAUGGGCUACACAUCAUUCAGUGAGAACAAGAUUUCCAAGAAACGAGUGCUGGAUUUCCUGAUGUACAUUAUUCUCAAGUACAGGGAACCAAGGUUCCAAGAUAUGGAAAAUCGGUUGCUUGCUUUCCCUGCCAGAGAACAUGGUCAGAUGACAGAACACGAGUUUAACGAGGCAGUGGAGAAUUUGGUUCCCCUCCACAGCGAGAAGUUACGAAAGCGUCUGUUUUGGGAGGCAGAGGCACAUGUUCAGAUGGAUGACAUGCAUGAUGUUGUGCCUGUCAUGAGACUGGCCCAAAUUUCCAGCUAUCUGGCAUUGCUGCAGAUAGCACAAAUCAUCAGACAAACCGUAGCUGAUAAAGUGAAAAAGGCAAAAAUUAGGACAAAGGGAGACAGAGCACCCACCAAGGUACAAUCUGAGGCAGAGAAGGCUGCAGAGAACCAGAUAACAACUUACUCUGAUAUCAGGAAGAUUGCUGUCAGUGUAGCCAGACGCAAGGCUACAAGGAAGAGAAGAGAAGCAGAAGAUGCAGAAAUGGAUGACACACAAUUCUACGGAUGAUGAAGAUUACUGGAUAAACAACUACAAAGAGCCAGAGGUUGGGAAAAAUUAGAAGGGACUUUUUUUGAAAAAGGCAUUUUCUUUAAAUUAGUUCUUUUUGGAUGCAUUGUAAAUAUAAAAUUGUACACUACUAGUACAGGAUUUUAUGGAAUACACAAGUGUGUAACUCUCCAUUCAUAUAACUGAUUUAGUCACGUAUUAAACGCACUAUUUUUAUGACAGAAGAAUAUGUACAUGCAAUUUUGUGAUAUAAAAUAAUUUAGAGAGAGUGAAAGAUGUUUUC